GCAAAACCUCUUUUCGUCUCAUCAGUGAUGGCUGCCUGUCAAACCAAAAAGCUUCACCGUUCUUCACUGUGAAGGAGUUUUUGACCCUUCAGCAGCAGGAAGUCCAUAAGAGGAAGUGGGACGCUCCAUCUGGUUCAGGGGAGAGCACAAUUGGUUUUGAAAUCCAUGUGUGCAUGAAAUGUGAAGCGGAUGGUGUUUCACAGUCAGAGCGUUUCCACACUGAGGAGGAGAGAAUCACUGCAAAAACGUUAUUUUUGUUCCAUCUGAGACAAACAUGAAGUCUGCGAUCCAGUGUAUCGUUCUGCUGGCCUGCAUCGCCGUCUGCACCUCAAAUUCAGUUGGCAGAUGUCGUUGUAUAAAGACGAUCCCAGCAGUAAGGAACCAUCUCAUCUCUGAUGUAAAGGUGUAUGAACCGACUCCAGCUUGCCACAAGCGUGAAGUGAUAGCCAUCAUGACAGAUAACAGACAGCGCUGUCUUGACCCGGAGUCAAAUUUUACAAAAAGGUUGCUGAUGGCAAUCAGGCAGAAGAACGCUGAAGGCAAUCUCUCAACAACAACUGCAGCUGCUACAACCCUGGAGGCUUUAAGAUCUCAGCCACCUGAACCUGCAGAGGAGGUAGAUCUCCUCACCUGGCUGACCUGGGAUCCCACUGCCAACUAGAACUAGAACUCCCAGCCCGGAUGAGCUCAAGUAUCCACAGCUCCAGCAGGAACGGCUCCAGCAGCGUGUCUUCAUCAGCUCAGAUUAUUUUGCAACGGCUGGAUUACUCAAUUCCUUAUUUGUGCCAAAAUGUCAUAGAAUAGAACAAGUAACAGCUUCAGGUUGUUUAGUUGGAAUCCUGUGAAAAAUACUGUGGUUUUUUUUCUGAUGUUCCAGGUUUUAGAGAUUUGAAGGAAGAGAUGUAUUAUAUUAACCUUUUCAAUCAAUACUUGUUAUCUAAUUUGAUCCAAUUAGCAAAACAAUGUCAAGACUUGUUGCUCUUUCUGCACAAUUAAAUGUAAAUGUGAAACUUGUGUCUGUCAAGAUUUAACCUCAUUUUUUGUUUUUAAGGCUGAAAUCAUAAUAAAGACAGUUAUCCUCUA